AUGAAAAGUAAGUCAGUUGAAUUGUUAAAAAAAGGACAAAGUGUGGAAAAUAAUAAAACAUUUGACUUUGUAAAUUUGUACAAAAGUGCUGCAGAAACAAAUGUUAAAUUAUUAGAAAAUGAUGAUCAAUUGGGGCAAAAAUUGAAAGUGAAGAAAAUUAAAUCAGACUGUGAAAAUUUCUCUCAUAAGAGUAAGAAAAAAAUUAAGAGUAAAUCGGAUAUUUCUCAAAAUAUUACCAAUGAUCCAAGCGAACAUGUGAGGAAGUCAUCGUUUAAUGAAAUUUCUCUGAUAACAUCCACUCCAAAUAAUGGUGAAAACAAGAAAAAACCAGGCGAAAUAAGGCCAAUAAUAAAAAAUUCAGAUGACUCUAUGAAUAUACCUGAUGUUUCUAACAGUAAACCGAAGAAAAGAAACAAAACUGUCAGUUUUGUACUGGAUGAUAAUGAAGAAACUGCUGUAAAGAAAAUUAAAUCUGAUAAUUCUGUAGAUAACAAUAACACAGUUCAAAGUAAAAACAAGAAUAAGAAAAAUAAGCUUAAGAAAAUUAACAAAAGGAAUCUAGGUGAAACAGAAAAUAAAGAUGAAGCUUGUCACCCCAAAUUGGAUAAAACGUCUGAUGAAAUCAUACAGUUUUCAGAAAAGCAUAGUAAAAUUUCAGAGUCAGGAGAAACACAUGCAGAUCUUGAACUUUCAAAGUUCCUAGUUAAGAAAAAGGCCAACAAAAAAUUUAAGAAACAUGCAAAGGAAAAGGAAUCUGAAAACAGUGAGGAUGAAAAUAAGAUUGCAGUGGCUCAAGAUGACGGCCAAAAGGAACAAGAACAUGUUCGCAAAAAGAACAAGAAAAAGAAACAUUCUCUUAAAGCCACUCAAGUUACUGAUCCAACUGCGGGUGAACCUGUUACCAAGUCACGAAAAAAAGAUGUUAAACCUGAAAUAAUAGCCGAAGAUCUUGAAAAUCUCAACAUAGGAGAUAAUACUCAUACAUUGACAAAUCUUCUUGAUGAAAUGAUGGUAGUAGAUAAAAAGAAAAAGAAAAACACAGGAAAACAAAAAAAAGGAAAACAUGCAAAAUUAGAAAACACAUCAAACAAUGACAACAGUUUUGAGAAUAGUGUAGAAAUUAAGGAGAAAGAAAAAUGGAGGAAGCGUAAAUGGAAUAAGGACAAGAAGGGAGUGUUAAAUGUAGACCAAGUCCUAUGUUCAGUAAUAGUUGAAAAUCUUCCUUUAAAUGUGAUGCUGAGUUAUAAGAAAUUAUUGACUGAACAUUUUUCUAAGUGUGGAGUAGUAAAGAAAGUUGGCAUAGUGGAAGUGUAUCCCACCGAAGACCCUAAACCUGUUUUCACCACAACUGUGUUUUUUGAUAGUGAAGAUGCAGUAUCAAAGGCAUUAGAAGACGACAACACGUCAUUUGAAGGCAAUUUCAUCCGUGUAAAGAGACCACUUCCACCGACCAAGACGACUCUCGUGGUGCGUUCUUACGGUGAACUGUCUGAACAGGCUCUGAGCUCGGUCUUCAGUGGCGCCGGACGCAUAAGGAAUAUCCGGCACUUAGUCAAGGGCAAGAAAUCUAUGGCUACUGCAUUCAUAGAAUUCGAUGGACCGCAGGCGGUGGAGCGCGCAAUUAAAAUGGCGGAAGAGGCCAAAAUUGGCGGGAAAAAGAUUCACGUUUCAAAGUUUCAGCUGAGAAAAGUGAACAGAGAUAAGAAAAUAAAACAUAGCAUGAAGAAUGACAACACAAAGAAUAGUGAUGACUCUAGUGAUUAA